AUGGCACCGAAGGCAGAGAAAAAGCCGGCAGAGAAGAAGCCGGUGACGGCGGAGAAGAUGCCACCGAAGGCGGAGAAGAAGAUCUCGAAGGAAGGCGGCCCCAGUGCCGAUGGUAAGAAGAAGAAAAAGAUUAAGAAGAGCAUCGAAACAUACAAAAUCUAUAUAUUCAAGGUUCUGAAGCAGGUGCAUCCGGACAUUGGAAUUUCCGGUAAGGCCAUGGGAAUCAUGAACAGUUUCAUCAACGACAUUUUUGAGAAGCUCGCAAUGGAAUCGUCGCGAUUGGCUCGAUACAACAAGAAACCUACGAUCACUUCUCGCGAGAUCCAGACUGCUGUAAGGCUUGUUUUGCCGGGUGAGUUGGCGAAACAUGCGGUUUCUGAAGGUACCAAAGCUGUUACGAAAUUUACAAGUUCUUAG